AUGAACUUCGUAAACUGCAUAGAACUCUCUUCAUUAUUAGAGGUCAUUGCAGAUGCUGAGCAGUGGCAGUCCCGCGAGCAGAGUCUUCGAGUCUGGCUGGAUGAUCUUAAAGAUUUCUUGUAUGACUCUGAUAACAUACUGGAUGAAUUUGAGUGCGAAGCACAUCGAAAGCAAGUCAUUAGGCAAUGGAACUUGCUUGGAAAGACAGGCCGCUUGUUUUCCAGCUCCAAUCCACUUGCCUUCCGUCUUAAGAUGGGCCAUCAAAUCAAGGAGAUCAUGACGAGGUUGGAUGAGAUUACGGCCAGGAAGGACGCGUUUAAUCUUAAUCGGCAAACUGACUUUGGAAGCAAUUCUCAUAGCUUAUGGCGCGAAACACAUUCCCAUGUGAAUGCCUUUGAAGUAAUUGGGCGAGACAGUGAUAAGGAUGAGAUUGUCCGGCGCCUAUGUAGCCCUGAUACUGACAAUAAUCCUUUCAUUGUUUCGAUUGUUGGAAUUGGAGGGAUGGGGAAGACCGCCCUGGCCAAGUUGGUGUAUAAUGAUGAUAGGAUAAUAUGUCACUUUGCUUCGAGAAUCUGGGUGUGUGUAUUUGAAGAUUUCGAUCUUAAGAUUAUCCUGCAAAAGAUAAUCAAGUAUUUAAUGCAUAAGUCAAUAAUCAUCCGGAGCAUUCAUCUUUUAGAAGUAGAGCAGUUGCAGGUGAAGUUGCAAGAGCUUUUGCAAGACCAGAAGUUUUUGCUCGUACUGGAUGACGUGUGGAGCGACAAUCCGAGUCGAUGGCAUGAAUUGAGGGAUCUCCUAAUAGGUGGCACUGCAUGUAGUAGUGUAAUCGUGACAACUCGUGGCUCAAAGGUUGCAUCUGUUGGGGGCUCUAGUUAUGAGCACAAGUUAGGACAGUUGUCACAUGGGGACAGUAUGUCUGUGUUCAAGAAGGCUUCGGAGGAUGGGCAUGGCAGUGUAACAAAUUCUGAGCUCCUGGAGAUUUUGGAGACAAAUUAUUGA